AUGCAUCAGCGAUACUUUUGGACUGAGCAGGGCCAAGUUGCGUUCAACGUGCACUUCAUGGCAGAGGGCGAAGGGUACUUUGCCAUGGCCCAGGACGAGUUAGCCGGCAGCUCCUAUAUCCCCCUGGGCGGCGACUUAAGCAGCGGUGGUGGUGGCGGCGACUUCGACGGGCAUUGCUUGGACUACUGUGAAAGCCUCACGGCGCACUGCAACGUGCUGAAUUGGGAGCAAGUGCAACGACUGGACGGCAUCUUGAGCGAGACCAUCCCGAUCCACGGCCGCGGCAAUUUCCCCACGCUCGAGCUGCAGCCCAGCCUGAUCGUGAAGGUGGUGAGGCGACGCCUGGCCGAGAAGCGCAUCGGGGUCCGCGACGUGCGUCUCAACGGCUCCGCCGCCAGCCACGUCCUGCACCAGGACAGCGGCCUGGGCUACAAGGACCUGGACCUCAUCUUCUGCGCCGACCUUCGCGGGGAAGAGGAGUUUCAGACUGUGAAGGACGUCGUGCUGGACUGCCUCUUGGACUUCUUACCCGAAGGGGUCAACAAGGAGAAGAUCACCGCACUCACACUCAAGGAAGCUUAUGUGCAGAAAAUGGUUAAAGUGUGCAAUGACUCUGACCGAUGGAGUCUUAUCUCCCUGUCAAACAACAGUGGCAAAAAUGUGGAACUGAAAUUUGUGGAUUCUCUCCGGAGGCAGUUUGAAUUCAGUGUAGAUUCUUUUCAAAUCAAAUUAGACUCUCUUCUCCUCUUUUAUGACUGUUCAGAGAACCCAAUGACUGAAACAUUUCACCCUACUAUAAUUGGUGAAAGCGUCUACGGGGAUUUCCAUGAAGCUUUUGAUCACCUUUGUAACAAGAUCAUUGCCACCAGAAAUCCCGAGGAAAUAAGAGGGGGAGGCCUGCUUAAGUACUGUAACCUCUUAGUGAGGGGCUUUAGACCUGCCUCGGAUGAGAUCAAAACCCUCCAGAGGUAUAUGUGUUCCAGGUUUUUCAUCGACUUCUCAGACAUUGGAGAGCAGCGGAGAAAACUAGAGUCCUAUUUGCAGAACCAUUUUGUGGGAUUGGAAGAUCGCAAGUAUGAAUAUCUCAUGACCCUUCAUGAAGUGGUGAAUGAAAGUACAGUGUGUCUGAUGGGACAUGAAAGAAGACAGACUUUAAACCUCAUCACAAUGCUGGCUAUCCGAGUGCUAGCUGAGCAAAAUGUCAUACCUAAUGUGGCCAAUGUCACUUGCUAUUACCAGCCAGCCCCCUAUGUGGCAGAUGCCAACUUUAGCAAUUAUUAUAUUGCACAGGUUCAGCCAGUAUUCACGUGCCAGCAACAGACAUACUCUACUUGGCUACCCUGUAAUUAA